AUGUCUUCGCAAGACCGCGGUCUAAAUAUCGAACAAGUAAUCUUGCUACUGAAAACUCACCCAAAUCACCGAGCUUUAUUCACAUUUCUUCGAGCAUACGCUUUCGGAUAUGCGCUAACAGUGGUACCACGUAUGGUGAAGUACUGGUAUGUGAUAAUAGCAAAAUAUAUCGCACGCCGAAAACGACCAGACAGACCACAGACAAUCAGUGUCUUGAAUCUCGUGGGACUUUUAUUACAUGUCAGCAUUGAGCGAGUGUUAUGGAAAACAUUACACGCUCGCGGAUUUCCGAUGAUGUGUGGAAUUGGGUUGGGCGGGGGACAAUUGCUCGAGGAGAUUGUGUUGGAACAUAAAGAAAAUUAUCUGCAAAAAAAAAUUGUGAUCGCUUCUUCGUCUGUAUCGUCGCCGUCGUCACCUAUAACAAGUGAAGUUGCCGUGAUUGAUGCGAUUGUUCCUCCAAUGAUGAGUCAACGAGAGAAAGUAGCGACUACUUUUGUCACUGCCACGCUUGCUUCUUCAUUUUCACUUUAUUAUCUACAUCGAAUAUCGCCGGGCACUGUUAAUAAAACAAUUGAUCUGACAUUAUUAGCACUAGUACGCGCUAUUGAUGUGUUAGUUCGGUAUAUAUAUCAAGAACGUAUUUCAGAGCGUACAAAACAAAAGUGGAUACCGAAAUGGGUGAGCGAACAUAUUGACACCUUGGCAUUUGUGUGUAGCUGUAGUGAGAUCAUGUUUGCGUGGUUUUAUGCUCCAAAAAGAUUACCAAGCUCAUAUAUAGAUUGGAUAAAUCACAUGGCACAAAUUGAGCCACAAUUUGUGGAGACACUUCGUCUCGUGAGAAAGGGAGAAAUCCAAUAUGGACGCGAUACAGGUCAUCCAGGAAUUUUGAGCGAAUAUGCUGAGGAAGUAGGAUUAGAUCCUGGAUUGGGUGAUCCUGCUAAUGGACAAAUACCUUGUAUAGUGGUGCAUGGAAAUGAGACGAGAUCUUGUGAAAUUCAUGCGGGGAGAAGAUGGUUUCAAGGUUUUUUGACGGCACUAAAAAUAUAUCUUCCGAUCCACGGACUCCCACCAUUAGUAUUUCGUACCAGUGAAGUGAUGCAAAAACCAAUGGACUCGAUUACACACAUAAUCACAUCAACAUCACAGUCCGCAUCCUUCCUUGCAACAUUCAUAACUGCAAUCUGGUACUCUUGCUGUUUCACACGAAGUCGAAUAGGACCCACGUUACUACCGUGGGUCGACAAAACACACUGGGACAGAUUAGGACCACUUCUCGGGUGCUUUGUGUGCGGGUUCUCGCUAAUGUUGGAGAAUAAGCGACGUCGAAGUGAGAUGGCCUUGUAUGUGGCACCACGAGCAUUAUUCAGUUUCUGGGGUCGAUUGGUCGGCGAGAAUGAGUGGUGGAGUGAAGCCGAGACAUUGAAAGAGUUGGGUGAGGUUGGGUUGUUUGGAUUUGCGAUGGGCGUGGUGGUCACGGCAAUGAAGUAUCGUAAGGGGAUUGUGAGGCCGAUGGUAAGAGGUGCACUUUCUUGGGUACUUGACGUUUAA